GCCAACCGGAAGGCAAUGGCCGCUAGCCAGAACGUGCGCCUCCCCCUCCCCGGCAGCGCCGCCGGACAGCUGGUGCUCGCAGGCGGCGGCUUCAUGCCCGCGCGCCUCCUGCUCGUGCCGGUGGGCACGCGCCUGCCCCCCGGCGUGCACGCCGUGGCCGCGGUCCCGGCGACGGCCGUCGUGGCGCCGGUCCGCUCGGGAAGCCGCGCCGUCCACUUGCUGCCGCGUGCUGCCGUCCCCGGCGUCCUCGCUGUGGCCGCGGUGGCGCCUGGCGGCUCAGGAAGCCGUGGCGCCCACCUGCUGCCUCGUGCUGCCGUCCCUGAGUCGGGAGAGCCAGCAGCGGAGGCGGACGACGGUGAGGCUUGUCUCAAGGGGGUUUUCGUCUUUCACGAUUUCAUCACCACCCAGGGAUUCGAUGGCCAGUGGGUGGUGGAUGACAUCGUGCCGCCCACCGCCAACGCAGAGCUAGCCCCCAUGUCGUCGCAGGUGAAGAAAACCUUCAGCAAGGCGGUGGCCCUGGCACGGGCGGGUUCCGAGAAGAUGGCUUGCGCGCUCGAGAUCAUGCGAGGAUGGUAUGGCAUAGUACAGCUCGCCCACUCCGCCUACCCCAGCCCUGGGCUGCCUCACCUUCCGGGAGAGCAGGCGUUCCUGGGCAUGUGCCUCGCUGCUGAUGAGUACUCGCCCCCACUCAUCCUGGGUCAGGCCGUGGCGCCUCUGAUCGCACCCCUCCAGGUGCCAGAUGAUGCGGACGCAGAUCAGGAUCUCGUCAAGAGCGUGUUCGUUGCUGUGACCGUUUCCCAGGCCGCGGCAAGAACCGCACGCGACAGCUAUGUCUCCAGCAACCCUGCUGACAACUGAGCUGGGAUGCAAAGCCUAGCCGAUCGACCUCUGGCAAGAACGCAGAGGCCUGCAACUCCAUCAACAGCGUGGCGGCGCUAGCUGUUUCUUACUAUCUACUACUAUGUUCAAUUUGCAUGCAAGUAUUAGAUGUUCGUCUUUAUAGUAUUCGUCGUCUGUCCUACUACCAUCCAGUAGUAGUACUAGCUAUUGCUACUUCGUCAUAGUUAUCUCAGUUACCACUGCUACCAUCCUUCAUGCAUGUAUAUGCAUGGCCGGUGUGCUACCUACCUGUAUUACCAUUUUCAUGUGUGAGCAGUUUAUGGAAUUACUAUAUGCAUGAAACAAAUAUCGAUCCUUCAUGUGUGUUGCUCA